CAAAUCUCUAUCUCACACAACAACAUCACAAAGAUCACCACACACGCAGCUCCAACCUAAAAUCAGACGCCAAGAGUCACAAUGAGGCUCUGCAUGUCCAGCGGCAGCGUGGUCGCGGCGGCGGCGGUGCGGGCAAAGGGGCAGCUUGCCUCGACGGCUAUGGUAUUGCUUCCAACGGGGAAGCUGCGGGAGUACCCGCGCCCGGCCACAGCGGGCCAGGCGCUCGAGGACUUGGUGGAUGGGGACGCCGGCUGGUUCGUAUGCGACGCCGACGAGAUGGGGUUUGAGGGGCCCGUGGCCCCCGUGGGCGGGGCCGAGGAGCUACGCCCGGGGCAGAUGUUGGGAGUAAACCACGCCUCCAGGAAAUGACUGGCGUGCGCGCGCGGGUAUGCGCUCCAGGUCUGGCUCGUAAGGCAGCGGCCGUUGGCGAGAGUGGAGGGCUGGUGCGUUGGUUCGUUAGCUAGCCCGCAUGGCCGGGUCUCCUGUGUACGCGCAUGCACCGUAGUUAGCAGGUUAGUUGGUUAGUGCAUGCAUGCAUCAUGGAUAUGGACGCCGUGCAUGUAGCUGACUUAGUGAGUUUGUUAGCUAGACAAGUGCGUGCGUGCGUGGAGUUAGUGGCCGGUGUGGUGGCCGGAUGUUAUGUGCAGCCGGGUAUAAAAGGCCCCCUGAUGUAUUGAUCGAGGUGAGCCGGUGUUGUAGCCAUGUAGCCACCGUAAAGAAGAAAAGGAUUGGGGCGUUCGUGCGCCCGUGGCGGCGUUCGUGCGUCGGCCCAGAAUUUCUUGUGUCUUGUGUCUUCUUCUACCUUUAGCCGAGAGUGAGAGAGGACUGCGGUUCCAACAGCAGAUAUACUUCGCGCUCCCCGCUGAGGCUCGACGGAACGGCCUCCGGCGCGAGGACAUCGCCGCUCUCGCUGUCAGGGCAUCCGCGGCGCUUGUUAAUAAGGCCCACAGCGUAGCAUCCUGCGCCGGCGCUGGACAACGGAGGCGCGCCGGCUCGGUGGCGCCGCUCGUUUUCGCCCCACCCCAGGAGGACGAGACCGUCGCUUAAAAGACCGUGCCGGCACUGGCAGCAAAGAGGCGGCCGGUGGCGCGCGCGAAGAGUGCCGGGAGGAUGCAGCCACGCUUCGCACCCGAUCUGAGCGCCAUUCCCGAGUGAUGGAUGGAUAGACCGUAGCGAGAUGGAAAAAAUAGUAUCCAAAUUCCCAUGCAAGAUGGCUCGAAUAUCCAACGGUUCUGGAAACAGAUGGAGCAAGCUACGGUUAGACUCCGUAAUUUGUAGGAACAAAAUUUUGUCCGGUUAGUCGAGUUUGUGUCUGAACACGCUACGGCGGUGAAAACAAAAUUAAUGUGAAUAUAAAUUCC